UGUUGCUGCUCUACCAGAGGAUUAAAGGGCCGGCAGUGGAUUACGUAGAUACUGCUGCUUCUGCUGUUUGCAGAGUUCCCCUCUGAGUCUGCCAUUUCUGCAGGGCAUGGAAGCUAAGCUCCCUCUGUAGUUCACUGCUGUCAUGGGGUGGUGGAUUUCUUUGAGUUUCCUUCUCUAAUUCUGGAGAUUCAGAUGCUGGGCCCCUCAGGGAACUGCAGCCUAUUUGGAAAGAGGUGGGAAGAAGUGGUAUUUCAACAUAACCUAGGAUGAAGACUUAAAUGUUCCCAGGCCCCAGCUCUCCCAGCCUUACCCCAGCAAAGCAUCAUGCUGGGGCCUGCACAACUGAUGCCAGGACCAUCCUGAGGAAAGGAAACAUCACCAGGAAUUUCUGUGUCUAUGCCAUUGAUACUGCUACUGAAGGUUUUGGUGUGGAGGAUGCUGCCAGGUGGCCCCUUGUGGCUUUUUCUCUCACUCACCUGCCUCCUGCCCUUCACCAGGUCCCAGAUAAAGAUACCACUUGAAACAGUGAAAUCCUGGGCAGAUGCCUUUGGUGGGGACUUAUUUUACCUUGUUUCGAAAUAUUCUGGUUCUCUUCUAUUGCAGAAGAAAUACAAAGAUGUGGAACCAACUCUGAAGAUUAAAGAAGUAGAUGGCUUGGAGCUGGUGAAGAAGUUCUCCGAAGAAAUGGAAAGCAUGCUGCGGAGAAAAGUAGAAGCAGUUGAGCGGUUGGUUGAAGCAGCAGAAGAUGCAGAUCUGUACCAUGAAUUCAACGCAUCCCUGGAGUUUGAUUAUUACAAUGCUGUUCUCAUUAACCAAAGGGAUGAGAAGGGUAAUUAUGUGGAGCUUGGUGAUGAAUUCGUUCUGGAACCAAAUGAACACUUCAAUAACCUGCUGGUGAACACAACGUAUAGUGAUAUACAGCUUCCUACAAAUGUUUACAACAAAGAUCCUGCUAUUUUGAAUGGGGUAUAUAUGUCUGAGGCAUUGAAUCCUAUUUUUGUGGACAAUUUUGAAAGAGAUCCAACUCUCACGUGGCAAUACUUUGGCAGCUCUACGGGAUUCUUCAGGCUUUAUCCAGGAAUAAAAUGGACACCAGAUGACAACGGAGUCCUUUCUUUUGACUGCAGAAAUCGAGGCUGGUAUAUCCAGGCAGCCACAUCACCCAAAGAUAUUGUCAUUUUGGUGGAUAUCAGUGGGAGUAUGAAGGGACUUCUGCUGACCAUUGCCAAGCACACCAUUGUCACUAUUUUGGACACACUGGGAGAAAAUGACUUUGUGAACAUAAUCGCUUACAAUGAUUAUGUUCAUUAUGUUGAAUCCUGUUUUAAGGGGAUUCUGGUUCAGGCUGACCGAGAUAACAGAGAGCAUUUCAAGCAGCUGGUGGACGAGUUACAAGCAAAAGGAGUUGGGACAGUGAACAAGGCCCUGACAGAAGCCUUCAGAAUAUUGAGAGAGUUCAGAAAUGCUGGUCAAGGAGGCCUUUGUAACCAAGCUAUCAUGCUGAUCACAGAUGGAGCCAUGGAAGACUAUGAAUAUGUCUUUGAAAAAUUUAACUGGCCUGAUCGGAAGGUUCGAGUUUUUACAUAUCUUAUUGGGAGGGAAGUCAGCUUUGCGCAGAAUGUCAAAUGGAUAGCUUGUAAUAACAAAGGCUAUUACACACAAAUAUCCACUUUGGCUGAUGUCCAGGAGAAUGUAAUGGAGUACUUACAUGUACUCAGUCGACCAAUGGUUAUCAACCAUGAUCAUGACAUCAUAUGGACUGAAGCAUACAUGGACAGUGCACUCUUUGCAUCUCAAGCUCAAAGCCUCUUGCUCAUGACAACGGUGGCUAUGCCAGUCUUUAGCAAGAAGAAUGAAACGAGAUCUCAUGGCAUUCUCCUGGGUGUGGUAGGCUCAGAUGUUCCUCUGAGAGAACUCCUGAAACUUGCUCCACGAUACAAGCUGGGAGUCCAUGGAUAUGCCUUUCUAAAUACGAACAAUGGCUACAUUCUGUCUCAUCCAGACCUCCGACCACUGUAUAAAGAAGGGAAGAAGCUGAAGCCCAAGCCAAACUACAACAGUGUUGACCUUUCUGAGGUGGAAUGGGAAGAUGUGGAUGAAACUCUACGGACAGCAAUGAUCAAUGGAGAAACAGGUUACCUCGCAAUGGAUGUGAAAGUGCCGGUAGAUAAAGGAAAACGGGUUCUCUUCCUCACUAAUGACUAUUUCUAUACGGAUAUCAGUGACACACCCUUUAGUCUGGGCGUUGUUCUCUCACGAGGGCACGGUGAAUACAUCCUGCUUGGGAACACUUCAGUGGAAGAAGGUUUGCAUGAUCUGCUGCAGCCAGAUUUGACCUUGGCAAAUGAGUGGAUUUAUUGCAUUACAGAUAUUGAUCCAGAUCACAGAAAGCUGAGCCAAUUGGAGGCUGUAAUUCGUUUCCUUACAGGAGAAGAAGCUGACCUAGAAUGUGAUGAGGAGUUAGUUCAAGAGGUGCUCUUUGACGCUGUCGUGACAGCGCCCAUGGAGGCCUACUGGACAACCUUGGCUCUCAACCUGUCUGAUGAGACUGAAGGGGGAGUGGAGAUAGCUUUUAUGGGAACUCGAGCUGGUCUCAUGAGAAGUUGCCUCUAUGUUGGCUCUGAGAAACUCUCUAACAGUAAGUUCUUGACCCGUGAAGAUAAGGAGAGCAUUUUCACCAUGGACCACUUCCCCCUUUGGUACCGUCGAGCAGCUGAACAUCCACCAGGAAGCUUUGUUUACAGCAUUUCUUUUGAAGGAAUUUCAGAAGGAGGUCUGCCCGAGGCGGUAACAGUGAGCACAUCCGUGGCUGUGACUGUGGAUGGAAAGACAGGAAUCGCUGCAGCUGUGGGCGUGCAAAUUAAGCGGGAAUUACUCCAACGCAAGUUGUGGAUGACUGCACAGCAGCCCAAUGAUACUGAUUGUAGUGGUGUGGAGGGUCUCUGUCCCAUGAACUGUCAAGAUGAUAAUCUGAACUGCUUCCUCAUUGAUAAUAAUGGAUUCAUACUUGUAUCUAAAGUUCCCAAACAGACUGGAAAAUUUUUUGGAGAAGUGGAUGGCUCUAUUAUGACUCAACUCAUAAACAUGGGAAUGUUCAAACAGGUGAAAAUGUUUGAUUACCAAGCUAUGUGCAAAGCACCGCACCACCACCAUAGUGGUGCCCGACCUCUCCUUAGUCCUCUUUAUGCCUUAUUGGCAGCAGUAAGGUGGCUGAUAACUGACCUCCUCAUAUUCCUUUUGGAGUUUAAUAUAUCUAGCUUCUGGCAUGCAGACAACUUGGCAGAUGCCAAGGCUGUUUUCCAUCAUGCUCACAAGCAUAAGAAACAUGACAUGCUGCAGCCUUGUGAUACAGAAUACCCCGUGUUUGUGUACGAACCUGCGAUCCAAGAAACGAAUGGGAUCAUCGAUUGUGGAGGAUGUCAGAAGAUGUUUGUAGUGCAGCAAAUUAUAAACAGCAACCUCCUGUUCCUGGUUACCGAUGCUGUUUGUGACUGCAGCAUCUUCCCGCCAGUUCUUCUGCUCCCUAAAGAAGUCAAAUAUAAUGCCUCAGUAAAAUGUGACAGGAUGCGCUCCCAGAAGCUGAGACGACGACCAGAUAGCUGCCAUGCAUUUCAUCCCGAGGAAAAUGCACAGGACUGCGGAGGGGCAGCAGAGAUUUCUGCUUCAUUGAACUUACUGCUUCUUCCUCUUGGAGCCACAGCUCUUCUCCUGCGAUGACAGCAUCCAUCAUUGCCCAAUUCAGAGGCAAAAACUUAUAGACCAUGGUAUUCUAAAGCAAAAUCUACUUGGGUGUUUAUUUGGUUAUUGCACAUGUGCUGAGGACAAAAUAAGUGGUCCAUUCGCUAUAUGAAUUAUAGCCUUCCCAAAGUUUGUGUUGCCUUUGCUGCUGAGGCAACUACAAGAAGCAUGGCACUUAGAUCGAGACAUUGUGCCAAUUGGAGCGAACACUGUAAUCUUCUUACAUGAUCUAGAUCACAGAUGACCAUCCAGUCCUCAGCAGAAUAGAGACAUUUACACAGAAUCUCUGAAGAUGACCAAUUCUUGCCAGAAUGGAUGGAUUUUUAUUCUGCCAUUUAUAGUACAGUGGCUUUCCCUGCAACAACAGAAGAAGAGGUACAGACUUCAUACUGCUACCUGCAUGCAACUUGUUUGAGCAGCACUAUUUGGAUAUAUCUCACCCUGAUGAAGGCAGUGGACCAAUUUUGUUCCCAAAGUAAUUUCUCUGAUUUGGCAACCAGCAAUGGAUUUGCACUGUGGCUAUCAAAGAGCUGGAGAACAAAGUUGCCAGGCCAUACAGCAGAAGGAAGUUGCUGCAGGUGCUGGUUCUGCAACUAUGGAGCCUCAUGAUUGGUCACUAUGAUUUCAGCUGCUUGAUCUAUGACACUCUAAAUGGAAUUCUUUCCAGGACUGGCAUAUUUUUUGAUAUCAGUGCAUAUAAUGU